GAAUGGAUGGGUUGCCUAAGGAUGGAAGAGGAUCAUGGUCAUGUGAAAGCCCUGAAACAGCAGUGACUGGGAUGAAAUCGUCCAGAAUCCCUGAGGAUGACAUCAGGUUAAGAAAAGACAAAGACCGAAAUUGUGCCAAUUUCCCGGAGCCUGUUAGUGUACUUGCUACAAAGGAAGAGAAAAUGGAAAUCGAAGUCCCAGUCUCGGAACAUAAAAACAUCACUGUGGUGGCUUCAACACAUCCUGUAGACAAUCAAACCCACUUCUUUUCGCCUGUUGCCAGUCACAAUGGACUUAAGGAUAGGCAUGAAUCCCUGGACAGUGAAGUUGCUAAAGAGAUCAGAUAUCUAGAUGAAGUGCUGGAGGCCAACUGCUGUGAUUCUGCUGCAGAUAACACCUUCAAUGGGACGUGCUCCCCUGAGCCAAGUGCAAUCCUUGUGGAUGCCUCUGGUCCAUCUGUUCCUGUUAACAGUGAGUCAGUACCCAAUGAAAAGGACGUCAUAGUAGCUGACAGGCAAGCAUCCCCAGUCAUUGAACAGAAUGAAACCAAUGUAAUGACUGAGAAGCUGAAAUCUAAUGGCCAUUCUUCAGAUGGACAGAAAGAGGAGCUUUGUGGCGAUCUAAAAAUGCCGGCGAGUCCAAGUUCUUCAACAAGUUCCAGAAGAUCCUCCAAGGAUGGAGAACUAACCUUAACUACUAUUAAGAAAGAGGCUAAGUUUGAACUGCGAGCCUUCCAGGAAGAAAAGAAGCCAGCCAAGCUCUUUGACGAUGAUAAGGAGAAGGAGAAGUACAGCGUCCGGAAAGUGAGGCCAUCAGAGGAAAUUAUUGAACUUGAAAAGGAAAGAAGGGAGCUUAUUAAAAGCCAAGCAGUAAAGAAAAACCCUGGCAUCGCAGCCAAAUGGUGGAACCCACCCCAAGAAAAGACACUGGAGGAGCAAUUAGAUGAAGAACAUCUAGAAUCCCACAAGAAGUACAAGGAACGCAAGGAGAGGCAGCAGCAACAAAGCACAACACCAACGUCACCAAAACAGGUGACCUAUUCCUUUGUACCUCCAGAGCCAGGCUGUGUUAAAAAAGAAGAUAUUGUCACAGAACAGAUAGAUUUUUCGGCGGCCAGGAAACAGUUUCAGUUAAUGGAAAAUUCAGGUCAGUCUAACAGCCAGAUUGCACCAAAGAGAUCAGGGACACCCAAAAUGUUCUCUAUCAAACCCUUCUACAAACCCCUGGGCCCAUCGCAAAUAGACAGGCCAACAGUUUCCAUGACAAGACCUGCUUCUGUACUGCUUGAGAAUAAUGAUAUAACCAUUGUAAAAGCUCAGAAGGUCUCCCGUGUCCCAGAGGGUCAUCCUAUAAAUAUUCAAAGUAGUCCAACUGACCCAGUAAAAGAAUUGUCUUACAGUGAUACCUCAAAGACUGGACAGACCACAAAAUUGUGGGCAGAUGACAGUGAAUUCAUGAGUGCGAGAGCAGUCUUCAUGGUGGUAAAGGACGAUGACCCUGGCAUUUUAGAUCAGUUUUCGAGGUCGGUCAAUGUGUCUUCUCCUCCAGAGGAGCUGGACUCUGGUUUGGAUGAAUUGUCGGUGAGAUCUCAGGAUACUACAGUCUUGGAAACCCUUUCCAAUGAUUUCAGCAUGGAUAAUAUCAGUGACAGUGGUGCUUCUAAUGAGACUAUGAAUCCCCUCCAAGAAAAUUCACUUGCAGAUUUCUCUCUACCGCAGACGCCCCAAACGGACACCCCCUCAGAGUGCCGGGUAGGUGUUUCCAAGUCAUUUAGUGACCAUGGCUUUUACUCCCCUUCCUCUACAUUGCUAGACUCCAUGCUGGUUGAUGACCAGCUGGACUACCAUGCUGGCCUACUAGUUCAAAAUGCAAUUCAACAAGCCAUAGCUGAGCAAGCUGACAAAACAGACUCUAAACAAGCGACAGAUAAAGCGGAGCGGAAGAACUCUGUCAAAGGCCAGGAAGAAGUCAGCACAGCACCGUGUUCUGAGAAGGAGCAGAGCACAAUGUUUGAGCCACCUCAGGUGUCUUCUCCUGUUCAAGAAAAAAAGGAUACAAUACCAAAGACUUCAAGAGAUGAAGACUCAGGACUCAGGGAAGGGAAGACUUCACAGCAAUCUUCUGUAUCCCCCACCAGCCAGCCAUUCCUUGUGGAGGAAAACAGGCAGGAGGUCAGCUAUUUUAGCAAGUACUCUGAGGCAGCCGAGCUUAGAAGCACUGCUUCCAUCCUGGCUACACAAGAGCUCGAGGUGACCGUGGGUCCUUUUAAGCUAAGGUCAAGAAAACAGCGGACGUUGUCGAUGAUAGAAGAGGAGAUCAGAGCAGCCCAGGAACGAGAGGAGGAAUUGAAGAGACAGAGGCAAGGUCUACAGAUGGCACAGAGUCCCAUCACAAAGAGCGCGCCUCCACUGCCCACCAGAACGGUGGCUUACAAAACUGCUCCAGGGACGAUAGAGAAGAUCAGGCCUCCUCCAUCCCCGACAACAGAAGGUCCCCUCUCCCAGUCUGAUUUACUGCCUGACGAGGCUGCAGGAUCCCAGAGGCCCAAGAAUUUGCUGCAGACCCUCAUGGAGGAUUAUGAAACACACAAAACUAAGAGGCGUGAGAGGAUGGAUGACAGCAGUUACACCUGUAAAUUACUGUCUAACAAGGUUACUUCCGAGGUCCUUGAGGCUACCAGGGUGAAUCGCAGGAAGAGUGCCCUGGCACUGCGCUGGGAGGCUGGAAUUUAUGCCAACCAGGAAGAGGAUGAAUAAUCCCCUUGCAAUAAAACGGGUGUUUGGGACCGAGAAACCAAAAAAAAAAAAAAAAAGCAUCAUCAUUUAAUCCGAUAUUUAUUAAAGAUACAGCAAGCUCACUGAUCCACAGAGACAGGAUUGCUCCAUCUCCAGGCACCAUUAGCGAAAGAGAAAAACCCACCCACAAAAUCCACACACACACCCAAAAAAAGAAGGAGAGGAUAUUAGGGGUGGACUGGUCAAGGAAGGGUGUCAUCGCCGUUGGCAGCAGACCCAUUGCAACAGGUCAGCAUCGGAGGCUGAAGAAGUUGGCAGAAACUUAAGGCAGGGCAAAUAUAUGUGCUUCCUUCUAACUGAAUUUCCAGCCCUGCUUUGUAUCAACGAGACAAUUUGGCCCAGAGUAACCUGUUGUGUCACCAGGCUUCCUUUGGACUUGCCUGUAGCUUCUCCAUCAUCCCACCUGCUGCAUUAAGAAUGUUAAUGUUACUUUGGUUUACUCUAGAUAGCCAUAAAAUGCAAUGAUUUUUUGUUUUUGCUGUUAUUUGGGGGGGGAGAGGGGUUGAAGAUUUUUUCCCCCCUUUCUCUUAAUUUUUCAUUUAAAAAUUGGAGACUGUUACUGCAAAUGUACAAUCCAUGUUUUGCAAUCAGAAUAUUUAAUAAAGUAUCCUGUUCUGUUGCAAACACAAUCUGUCAGUUUAGGAGAGAGCUGAGGGGGAAUGCCAAGCCAAACGGAUAACCUUAGCUUUAGGAUCCUGUAUACUUGCAAUAUGAACUGGUCUCCAGUUUCUCAGUGCAUAUUUACAUAACUUUCUAAAUAUACAAUCUGUAUUUAGCGGGCAAUGACUAUUUUUAUGAUGGGUGUGGGCAGAGGCAUAUGUACAAAAUGAAUAAAGAUUGAAUAACCUGAGUCAGAAAGAUCAGAGGGGAACACACUCAAAAAAUGACAUUUAAUUUUUUCUGAGGCAAUAAUUUAAUCAAGCCAGAUGCUGGCACAAACAGAGGUAUGAAACAAAGGGGGAAAAGUUAUGUCUUUAACUAUAUUUAUACAGUGUAAAAGGCCUUGGAGUUAAUGUAGAGUAUGCAGGUUUCCAGGAAAUAAAAAGUUAAAGAAGGUAAUAGAGAGUGUGUGUGAGAGAGAGGCAAGAAAAAGGAUUAUUUUUGCUGUUCAGUGUUUUCAGAGCUAAAAGCAAAAUAGAGAACCUUUAGUUUGUGCAUAGGCUUGGAAUCAGUGAUGAAGGGUGUUGUGUGUCUGGGUGUGAGCGCGCACAUGUGUGUGAGGUUGGAAUCCUAGAAUGAACAAGAGCUAUGGGUGUACAGAUUUAUUUUCUCCAAAGCUGUUUGCCAGCUAUGGGGGUGAGUGAGAAUUUCUUUUUUAUGAAAAGGGAUAUAAAAUGGCACUGAGCUGAUGCAGUAUUUGUAAUAUUAACAUUUGACCUGACACGGUAUUUGCAUGAAUCACAAUUGCGAAGUAUUGAGCAGUUUGUAAUCUGACAUUUAGAAAAGAAAUGUGGUGUUUAUUCUUGUGCUUUGUAUUCAUAUGUAGUAUAGAGGCUGCCAGGUUUACUCUUUCUUUUCAUGCAAAGCAAUACAAUACGUAUUUUACAACCGGGAACCAUAAUUUCUGGACUAGAAAUUAUCAACUUUAGGAGACAUAUACAUAUAUGUAUUGUUUUUAUAAACCUAAAAUUAUUAUUUUAACUUCUUUUUAAAUCAGCCAAGAGGCUGACUCUCCCCUAAAUCCCUCUUCUGUUUUCAUACUGCUCUGUGACCUGACAUGGUGUUUUAUUCUGAGGCUCACCUAAAACGGCUUUAGAUACUGUGAACAUUAUUCUGGUGCUUUUAUUGGGCAGACAUAGAGCUUACAACCAAAACAAUUUUGUUUUUAAUUUCUUUCCAGCCUGUGGUUUGACACGUGUCUCACAGGUUCCUUUACACGGUCAAACAUUUUGAAGACUGUGUUCAGGGAUUGUAGUAAAAGUGGCAAUAAACAUUAAUUAAACCUGUUCUAUGAAUUGCCUAUUAACAAAAGAAAACCCUUUUGAACUGGGCAAUUAUCUUUAUAUUGAUUUCUUUAAAGUGUGUCAUACUUAAGAGUAUACACAUAUACAAAUAGACCAGCUGUUUGGAAAUGCCAAUCUAGUCGAUUCUGACCCGGUUCAAUAAAGGUGUGUUAGUGUAUAAUUCCACACACUCAGUAGUCUGUUGCCCAGCUGAUGGGCAGGUAUUGUGUGUAGUAACACUUACAGGAGUUGCACACCUGUAUUGAGGGGGGUUUGGAUCCCUCUUGGUUUGAGGAGGACAUAGCUAAAUCUUGGAAAGCGCUUCUCUAGCAAUAUUACACGGUAUCAAGCUGUAUGUCAUAAGUGGCUCAUUCCUGAGAAAUGGUCUUACAUCAAGGCAUGUACAUUUGAACUUCUCACUGCAGUGGUUGGAUUCUGACAGCUUUUGCUCCCUUUGAAAUGAAUUUGCUUCUCCCUCUGCGUGGUUGCAGUUACCUAGGGCUGAGGGCAUUGUCAGGAGUUCCUGGCUCUCUCUUACCUUUUAAGAAACAUGCAUCUGUUGUUUUCUGGAGGGAUUUUUUUUUGUAAGUAAAAAAUAAAUAACUAAAUAAAACAUUGGAUGUCACUUCUUCAGCUUUAUAUUGCUUGUCACGGGGCAUCUCCUGCUUUGUGUGCUCCUUCCCCCCAACUCCUGCUGUGAAAAUAAAGUCAGUCUCCUAUAAAACCAGUGUGGUUUUGCCAUCUUGGUAUCCUUUGUACUGGGAUGGAAUCUAAGCAGCAUUUUCACAUAUCCUGCAAUAAAAAAUGUUUGCAUGUACCAGUCGAGUAGAGGUAACCUCUCUACCACUCAACCCUUUCUCUUCCAGAAAUUAUGGAAGCAAAAUCAUCAUCGUCAGCAGCACAUGGUUCAGUGCUAUGAUAACUGAAAUGCUAUCCAGUUUACUUGCCGCCUCUUUAUUUCAGUUGCAUGCUACCAAGCGUAUAAGUCUAUAAAUAUAGGCAGACAUAUAUCUCUCUAUAUACAUAAAUCAAAUGCAACAAAGGAACACUACUGCCAAAUUAACUUGGGCUCCACAAAAGAAAUGAUAAAAAAAAAACCUUUUCUGUGACAAAGACUGGUUUUAGUGCAAGUGUGUAAUGAAAAAUAGUUAAGCAUUAGAAUUGUAACGAUCCAGUUUUUGGUUACAAAUGCAGGUUUCCUGAGUUGUUGUUGUUUCAAAAAGUUCUGGCUUCAUCUUGCUCCUUAUUCAGAUUAUGGGAAAGUAAAAACAGUAACAGUGAUUUGUUUUACAGCCAAAAGGUGACGCUGUUGUCAUGUUUUAUCAACCAAUCUGACCAGCCCUGGUUUUCUGUAUACAUUAACCACUUAAAUGUUGUUAUCCUGCUUUUGUUUCAUAGUGACUGUGAGGCAUACAAUGCAAGUCUAUCAUUAUUUUCUCAUUAAAACAGAAACCUGA